UGUUCCCGCCCUCGGCUACAAAAACUAUAGCCCCGAAUAAAAGGAUGAGUUUUAGCUCCAUUCAUGUACUCAUCGCGCUUAAUGGUGUAUAAAUUCGAUUUUCGUGGAAAUUUUAAUUUUUUUCGAUCAUAUCAACUAUCACAAUCGGUUGUAGAAUUACAAAGAGAUCUUACGUCAUUUUAUACAUGUGCAUGUGAGUCUCACGUCAAGAUGAAGUGUCCUUCGAUGAUCUUAUUGCUGUUCGUUUUUUUUGGCCAAUGCAUCGUUUGCUCUUGGCAGGUGCAGAUUCGAUGUUCCGUGAUGCGACUGAAUAAUGGAAAAAUUCGCGUUCGAGCUCGAGGUCGGAUUGUAAGAUUUAAUUGUCUCGACGGAUUCACUCUCGUAGGUAACAAGUAUUCCACGUGCGUGCGAGGCCAGUGGGACACACCUACUCCCGUGUGCGUGAAUGCGGCAUGCCAACGACCGCAACCAUCGCCUCAUUCACUUAUGAUGGAAAAAUUGGACGGCGCGAUAUUGAUGUUCUUCUGCGAACCUGGUUAUACCCUGAUCGGCAGUGCCGAGAUAUAUUGUGAUGGAGCCAAAUGGAACGGAACUAUUCCUUAUUGUCGAGACACGAAAGCGCUCGCACCCACGAAAUGCGAUUUCGAGAGCACAGAUCUCUGUUGGUGGGAACAGGACCCGCAGCACGAUUUUGAUUGGAAACGUCACAAUUUCGAAACACCAAGUUUGCACAUCGGUACCGGUCCUACGCACGAUCAUACGCUGGGAGCCGGAAAUGCUGGCCACUAUCUUUAUAUUGAGGCAUCCGGACGAUUGGUGAACGAUACGGCAAGAAUUAUAUCUCCUCUUUACAAUUCUUCAUUGACUGAAUCAGGCUGUUUCUCGUUCUGGUAUCAUAUGUACGGUGCGACAAUUGGUUCAUUGAAUAUUUAUUUCAAACAAGAGGAUUCUGCGCGUCAAUUGAUGUUCACCAUAAGCAGAAAUCAAGGGAAUCAAUGGUUUCAUGGUAUCUUCGACUUACCGAAAACUAAUAUCAGCUUUCAAAUUAUUAUAGAAGGAGUGCGAGGUAGCAGUUACGUGAGCGAUAUCGCGAUAGACGAUAUCGCUAUUUUACAGGGAGAUGAAUGCAUCGUUAAAAAUGAGUCUACCAGCGUAACUGUAGGCAAUGACGAUCAAAUUGAAAUAGUCAAUGCGCAACAAACUUGUCGAGACAGAUGCGUUUUCUCCUUGACAACCCCAGUUUCUUCCGUAUCACUUAAUAGCUCAUUCGGGCCGGAAAAUUGCCUCUGUACGGUCGAUUGUGCGGAACGUUCUAUAUGUUGUCCGGAUUACGUUGAAUAUUGCAUCCUAGGAUAUAGCACAGCUAUGACAGUAUCUGAUGAUACCAGAUCGUUGAAUAGUAACCCUACGAUUUCACCAGUGAGAAAUUCCACUUUGACAGGAUUCUCUUUGAAUCCGAAGGAUAAUAUCGAUCCAGGUAUAUCUAAUUCGUCGACGUCGACGAUUACGCGAAGACCCCUCGUGACCACGAAAACUACGGUCAAGGCUCAAACUAAGAAUUUGCCACGGGCGACAACACCUGUUAAGCCAAUGGGACAGACAGAAACGAAGGAGACGCCUUUCGAACCCAAGACAACUCUCACAACGAAAUACAUAGAGCCUCAGGAUCGAUUUGAUCUGCACGUAGAGGAAAAUCCAGAAAAGAAAAAACACAGUGGAAGCAUCGAAAAAGAGUUGAUCAUCACAAGCGGUGCGAUUGUGAUCGUCCUUUCCAUAGUUCUCUCUAUUACGGUAAUCAUCAUUAUUAGGAGAAGAAAAACAUACAAAAGGGGAACGAGCAGUUCGGCACUUUCGGAGGACAGCGAUAUGCAUUGCACUAUUGCCAUCGUCGCUGUUGGCUGUUUUCUUGUAUUUAGAGCAGCGGCAGAAGAGAUCGUUCAACAGAAUCAACAAUCGCUGGACCUCCAAAAUGUCGCUGUCGAAGAUCAGAUCGAUGACGGUAUGAUACAUCCCAGAGAAAAAAGAACGUUGUUUUUAAAGAAGAAGCUGCUCGGGGCUGGUCUUGUUGGUUUUGGUCUUGGCGUUGCGAAAGGUUAUAAAGCCGGUUACUAUAGCGCACCAGAAGUACAUCACGUUUACGUUUCGCCUCCAGUAAAAUAUGUGGAAUAUGUUGAAAAACCCGUUUACAUCGAGAGAUUUGUUCCAAAACCUAUUUAUAAACCACAUAUUGAAUAUAAUGCACCAGCCUGGUCGCAACCAGAUCCUUCCUACGGGUAA